GCCCUUAUCUUCACGCUACCAGUUCAAAGCGAUUGUUAUCCCAUCACUUGUUUUCUUUUUUUCUUUCGAUUCCAGACUCCAGCUCUUGAUUCUCAUGGCACCGAAGGCCGAGAAGAAGCCCGCCGAGAAGAAGCCGGCGGAGGAAAAGAAGACCACGGUGGCGGAGAAGGCUCCGGCGGAGAAGAAGCCGAAGGCCGGGAAGAAGCUGCCGAAGGAGGGCGGAGCCGCCGCCGGAGACAAGAAGAAGAAGAAGAAGGCCAAGAGCGUGGAAACGUACAAGAUCUACAUCUUCAAGGUGCUGAAGCAGGUCCAUCCCGACAUCGGGAUCUCGAGCAAGGCAAUGGGAAUUAUGAACAGUUUCAUCAACGACAUCUUUGAGAAGCUCGCUCAGGAGGCUUCCAGACUCGCUCGCUACAACAAGAAGCCGACGAUUACCUCCCGCGAGAUCCAGACUGCGGUCAGGCUCGUCUUGCCCGGUGAAUUAGCCAAGCAUGCCGUCUCGGAGGGUACAAAGGCGGUGACCAAGUUCACCAGUUCCUGAAGCUUGUAUGAUUGAUGGAUUGAUUAGGUUUUGUGUUUUAUGGAAAUCUAUCCUACAUGUUUUCUGAAUAUUUAGGGUUAGGGUUAGCGUUAGGGUUUAUUUCGUGUUAUUGGCCUUCAAGUUUGUUCAGAUGUGAAUUUGGAUCUGCUUGGUCCGGUUGUGAAGUUGCAGAUAUGGAAUACAAUCAUCUGUUUCUGGCUGUA